AUGGAUACAGGAAAAGCUCGAUUGGCUGAAGGAAUGUUAAGUGAAGCAUAUGUCCUAUUCUCCGAAGCCUUUGCACUAUUUCAACAAGUUACUGGACCCAUGCAUCGAGAAGUCGCUAGUUGUUGUAGAUAUCUUGCUAUGGUUCUCUAUCAUGCGGGUGACAUUGAUGGGGCCAUCAUGCAACAGCACAAAGAGCUAAUCAUAAACGAACGCUGUCUCGGUCUUGACCACCUUGACACUGCACACAGCUAUGGAAACAUGGCUCUAUUUUAUCAUGGCCUCAAUCAAAUAGAAUUAGUGCUGCGGCACAUGUCUCGCACAUUACUAUUACUUAGCCUAUCGUCUGGACCUGAUCAUCCUGAUGUUGCAGCGACUUUUAUAAACGUUGCUAUGAUGUACCAGGAUAUCGGGAAAAUGGAUACUACACUCAGGUACUUGCAAGAAGCACUGAAAAAGAAUGAACGGCUUCUUAGCUCAAAGCAUAUUCAAACUGCAGUUUGCUAUCAUGCUCUUGCAAUUGCAUUCAACUGUAUGGGUACCUACAAACUCUCUCUCCAGAAUGAAAAGAAAACUUACGAUAUACUUGUUAAGCAACUUGGAGAAGAGGAUUCAAGGACUCGUGACUCAGAAAACUGGAUAAAGACAUUUCAACUCCGAGAGCGAGAGGCAAAUGUCCGUAGGCGAAAAGGGCAGGCGGUGAAUGCAGCUUCUGCUCAAGAAGCCGUAGAUUUCUUGAGGGCUCAUCCCGAGCUUGUAUAGGCAUUCUAGGCUGCGUCUCUGGGUUCUGGAAGGCCCAAUAGGUCAUCAGUCAACCAAUCCAUUAAUUCAUCUAUGAUCAACAAGGCUCUUCCCCGUGGAAGGGGAGUCGAUGAACAGGGCGACUAG